UUGUUUCGGUACCCGGCCGCAUUUCUUGCCACCCGCGACGUCUCGCGAUUUUCGCCGUAAAAGUCGGCGGUGCACCGCGGAGAUUUGCUUGACCGGUGUCGUCGAUCUGGAAGAAAAUGUGCCGGCGCGUUAGGCGGGGAUGGAGGGGCGUGACAAAGUGAUUCGGGCCUCGAAAAGCUGGAAUCUGUCAGAAAGUUCUGCGGAUGAAGCGAGUGAUCGAUCUCGUUUCAUUUUUUCAGUUCUCGAUUUCAAUUCUUUGAUUCUCGAGUGUUCCGCGGAACACUUUUAUUUUGGGGGUAAAAAUAAAGCGAUUCGCUUGAUCCAGUGUUCAUAUUUUUGAGCGGAGCGAUCGGCUUAAUUACGCAUUCUCCUUUCAACGCACGGGACUUUCAUCUCAUUUACACGAAACCUUAUCGACUUUCUCCACGGUCCUCCUCUCGGGCCCGGCCCGAUGUUCGCCAUGAAACGCGAAUUGCGUAGCUUCUGUCUGUUGAUCUUCGUUUCCACGGGGAUCACUGUCCUCAUGGAGCCGAAAGAGGAGCCUAUACUGAACGCGGAGGAUCCCGCGAGUUUUACAGAAGCUUUCGGUACCUGUUUGGCCAGGAAAGAGUACGGUACCAUCGAAUGCGUGAACAGAGGGGCCCUAAGCGCUCUGCAGGGCUUGAAUCAGAACGAUAAUUUGGAGUUCGGGGAUGCUCGUUUGGAGAGGGCCGAUGGGUUCGGCAGGGAUCUUCUGGAUUGGGAUUACGAUCCGAAGGACUUCGGUAGCAUCGUGAAAGCCGCGACCAGGUUAAUGGAGCGCAGGAGUCUCAAGUGGAAUUUGGAUAAUUUGUAUCCCGGGCUGCAGCUUCGAGCUGGUCCGAUGCUGAAUGGAAAUGGAAUGUUGGAGUUCGUGCUGAAUGAUAGACAGGCUGUCUUCGCUGAUAGGCAGUUUGGGCCAGGAAGACAGAUGGUCAGACAUCUGCUAGUGCCCUUCCUCUUGGGGUUCAAAUUCAACCUAGUCUCCCUGGUGCCUCUACUCUUCGGGUUCCUGCUGCUGGUAACGAAAAAAGCACUGAUCCUGACCAAGCUGGCCCUCUUCGUCAGCGGUCUGCUAGGCUGGAACUCUUUAUUCUCGACAGCCUCGGCGUCCUAUCCUGCAGGAGGAUUCAAUGGUUUCCAUACGCACGUUCAAGAGACCCCGAUCGCAGGGUAUCCCUAUUACGAUCAUCACAAUUUCCAAUAUCGACCUUACAGAGGACACCAAGCCGGCGAUUUAGGAGUCUACAAUCAGCACGUGAUCAGAGAGGUCGUCGACGUCUACGAUAACACCGACGGGACGAAGAACAAGAGAAGUGGAAAGAACUUUGUGUGGGCGAAUGAGAACGGGAAAUACCCUUAUAAAAGAGUCGCGACAGGACAAUACGAAUUAGUCGGCGGAAUUUUUCCGAGCGGUCAGCUUGCGGCCGGUCUCCCAGCCAUCUUCGUUCAAAGGGAAACAGAUCAGCGGCUCGUUCGGGACACGAUGAGCAGGACCAGGUUCUUGGAAUUCGUCCUCGUCCUCUGUCUGUCAGCGCCGAUCGGCCUGGCCGAGAGCAAGAGCGAGUACACGAAGCUGUUCGACCGAUGCGCCAGCGAGAAGAACGCCUUCAAUUGCCUGAAACAGAGGGCUCUGGAGAUCCUCGACUCCGCGAUCUACGAUGACCAGGUGUACGUGCUGAACGAUUACGUAUCGAUCGCCAAGGAUCCUGCUGUCUCUGCCAGGAGCGACGAUCGAGGGCACAAGGAAGAGAACGCGACGGAUUUGAGCCUGGAUCAGAAGUUGGAUCAGAAGUUCCAUCAGUAUCUAUCGUCUAGGAGCGUCAAGCUUACUAUUCCCGGCGAUGCUUUCGAAGGUCGUAAGAAGAAAGGGAAAGGUUACGGUGCCCUACUUCUAGGAGCCCUUGUAGUGGGAGCAAUGAUGGCACAGCUGGCGUACGGUAAAAUCGCGUUCCUUGCCGGCACGGCGCUGCUCACAGCGAAGAUCGCGUUGGUCCUGAGCGCCAUCAUCGGUUUGAAGAAAUUAGUGUCGGGUCACGGUGGCGGGGGUCACGAGGUGAUCUACGCGACAGGAUCCGAACACCAUGGAAGCUACGGCGGUGGAUACGGCGGCGGCGGCGGUGGAUGGCAGAGGACUAUCGACGGUGUUCCACCCACUUGAAUUGAACGAACGAUUCGCGUAAAGAUCGUUUGACAGAACAUUUAACUUGCCGCGUUAAUUUAUUGUAUAUUUAGCGUAAGAGCCGUGCGAAGGAUAGAGGUACCUUUCCAACAUUUGUACGUGUACAAUAAAAUCCGAGGAUCAGUAAUUGUAUCGUAUACCAUAACGGGUAGAUCGCGCGGGACGAGCAAUGUGUGACGAGGCUAUCGCGGUAUUUAUUUAUUAAAGACGUGCUCUUUUAGUCUAGUUAGUCGUAGUCGGGUAGUUAUUUUAUAUGACUGCUAUGCUGUACCAAAAAUUAAUAUUUAUUUUGUUGUACGCACCGCAGGGUGUUCUUGUAUGUAUAUUGUGUAAAAUAUUGUCCACCGGUGAAUAAAGAUUGUUCGUGAAACCACGUUA